UUGCUUUGAUCUUUCUUCAACCACCUCCACCACCACCACCACCAGAUAUGUGGUCGCCACCAUCAAAUUGAUAUGCAGUUCACGAGACUCUCCCACCACCAUUUGCUUUGCUUUGCUUUGCUUUGUACACUGCAGGGCACCUCUACCUGUGCCUUGGAAGAAAAGCAAAUCAGAAGGCUUAAAUGCUCAAUUAAUUAAUGAAAGGUGAAGCAAACAUCAUCAUUCCCAGCCUAAUCAUAAUCUUUUGACUCCAUUAAGUCCUAGUGCCGAACCUUUCUUUUUCCGUCUAAAACAAAAACCUUUUAGAAAAGAAGACGCAGAAGAGGGAAAAGGCGCGCCAACCUUGUUGCCGUUUGUUCAUCAAUUUUAGUUACCACUCAUAUCUUUGCUUCCCCACGGUCCUCUCAAGUAGGUUUUGCACGUUUGGGACCCUACCAUUUCCUGAAACUGAGCCAAAUUUAAAGUGUAUGGCACCCAUCUUUACUGUAUUUUUCUACUCUCACUGACCCACAAUCCAAUGAUCAGAGCCGCUGGGUACAAGAAAAGAAUAUUAUAUGAACACCGAAAGUUGAAAGUAUUCAGCUUCCACAAGAGAUCACAGAAGCCGGUCGAUAGAGCUGAUCUUUUCACAACACACAGUUCACCAGAGAUAGUUUCAUUUUCCCACAGGAAACAAUGCAAAGAUUAGGACUCUUCUCGCUUGUGAGGUGCUUUAAUGGCUGCCGCGAUCACAGCCAGGUUUCGGGGCUUGGAACGAGGAUCUGGAACCUCAGUGACAAGCCAGUGGAACUUCAGAUAAGGGUGGGAUCAAUCCUGAAGAGAGUCCACACUUUGAAGCCUGGUUCUUCCAAGAGACUGAAAUGCAAGACCAUCUACAAGGCUUUCAUGCCCGGCGGCGCCGGCAAUGGUGGAGGAAUGAGGAACUUGUUGUAUUACUAUGAUGAAACGUGCCACCCUUACAUUUGGAUACACGACAGUGUGGGACAUUGCUCAAGGAUGGUGAAGCAGCAAUUCAUCAGUCUUGAAGAUUUGAAGGAUUGUUCAGAGAUCAGAAUCUUCAGGGAUCAUCAGAGGGGCUGCAUAUCUGUUCGCAAGAAGCCGAGGCCCGAUUUCUGUUGAACAUAUAUAUAUAUAUAUAUACAUAAACAUACAUACAUAUAUAUGAAGUUGUUUUUACAGCAUGUUUAUAUAUAUAUAUAUAUAUGCAGGACCAGUCAUGGUCAUGGAUGGUGGAUCUCUGUGAAUCUGUUUUUCCCAUCUGUUCUUGGAAUUUCUUUUUCUUUUUCCUUCUUGUUUGUGGGUAUUUGAAUAUUAAUGUACUGUAGGCUGCAGCUAAACAGAUCUGUUUGUUUGAUUCUCAGUGGAGGUCUUUCUAUCUCCAUCGCCUCCUCGUUCAAUUGGUUUUCCUGUUCAUCUACAAAUAGUAUAGAUUAUUCUUUCGUG